UUAUUUCUAUAUACGAAUAUAAUAUUUAAAAAUAUUUACUCGAAAAUACUUAAAUGGCGUAAAUGGUCAGGUCAUAAGUCACCGAUAAGAAUAGCUACGUAAACAUGUGUCAUUUAUUACAGUUGAAUGGAUUUGAAGAGCAGAUAAACCAACUCGAAAAAAUACAUUUAUACUGUCACAUACUAUAUACUUGUCUAGUUGAAAUCAUGUAUCAUUUUGGAAAGUUAAAAUCAGUAUUGUACAGUAGGAGUCAGCUAACCUCAUAUGCUCGAAAAUCGCAUCAGUCGGCUACGCGGAUCGACAGGAUCAACAAGAUUUUGAUAGCAAACCGUGGAGAGAUAGCAUGUCGCAUAACAAAAACUGCCAGGAAGCUGGGCAUAAGGACUGUGGCCAUUUAUAGCGAGGUGGACAGGAAUUCCAUGCAUGUGGAACAAGCUGACGAAGCUUACUGCAUCGGUCCUGCUCAAUCCAAUCAGAGUUACCUGCGACAAGACAAAAUUAUAUCAGUGGCAAAACAGGCAAAGUGCCAAGCCAUACAUCCAGGAUAUGGGUUUCUCUCAGAGAACACGGAAUUUGCAGAGCUAUGCCAAAAGGAGAACAUCAUAUUUAUUGGUCCACCUGCUAGUGCUAUUAGAGAUAUGGGUAUCAAGAAUACUUCAAAGGCUAUCAUGACAAAUGCUGGAGUUCCUAUCAUAGAAGGAUAUCAUGGGGAGGAUCAGACAAAUGAAACUCUAUUAGCAGAAGCCAAAAAGAUUGGCUUUCCACUGAUGAUCAAGGCUGUGCGCGGUGGUGGUGGGAAAGGUAUGAGAAUCGCUCAGAAGGAGUCCGAUUUCGUCGAGGCGUUGGAAUCCGCGAGAACCGAGUCCGAGAAGUCGUUCGGCGAUUCGGCUGUGCUUCUGGAAAAAUAUGUUGCCGAACCUAGACAUGUUGAAGUGCAAAUUUUCGCCGAUAAACAUGGGAACGCCGUUUAUCUGUUUGAAAGAGAUUGCUCUGUGCAAAGAAGACAUCAGAAAGUGAUCGAGGAAGCACCUGCUCCUGGCAUUUCCCAGCAGCUCAGGCAGGAAAUAGGCGAAGCGGCUGUGCGUGCUGCUAAAGCUGUAGGAUAUGUGGGCGCUGGAACGGUAGAGUUUAUAAUGGAUCGCAAUGAUCACAGUUUCCACUUUAUGGAAAUGAAUACGCGUCUCCAGGUAGAGCAUCCCGUUACUGAGGCGAUUACCGGCUUAGAUCUGGUUGAGUGGCAAUUGAGAGUCGCGAGCGGCGAAAAACUACCGCUCAAACAGGAACAGAUCAAUCUCAAUGGCCACGCGUUUGAAGCGAGAAUUUACGCUGAGAAUCCAAGGAAUGGUUUCUUACCAGGAGCUGGUCAGCUUUUGUACUUAAAGCCUCCCAAAGCAACAGACAAUGUCAGAGUCGAAACUGGAGUGCGGCAGAACGACGAGGUGUCUGUACAUUAUGACCCGAUGAUAGCGAAAUUAGUGGUUUGGGGAAAAGACAGGAGCGAAGCUCUCAAUGUACUUAUAUCAAAACUUGGCGAAUACAAUAUAGCUGGAUUGGACACGAACAUAGAAUUUCUUAAAGAUCUUUGUGCGCAUCCCAAAUUUCAAAAUGGUGAAGUGCAUACGGGAUUUAUUGAGGAGAACUUUGAGCAACUAUUCCCUAAGAUACAAACGUCUAACAGAAUACUGAUACAAGGUGCUCUUGCUUCCAUACUGUACGAAGAUAUGGAAUCGUUAAGUGCGUCCUUAGAAACAAAGGAUCCUCUUACUCCAUUUGCAGUGGAAACUGGACUCAGAUUAAAUCAUGUGUUGAACCGUACGUUUCUCUUUGACGUUGAAAAGAAGAAUAACACAGUGGAAGUGAAAUACGUCGAACCUGAUGUAUAUCUGAUGAGAGUCAACAGAUUAGGACCUUGGAGGAAAGUAACUGGAACCUUGAAGAAGAUCGAUGACACUUUAGAAUUGUUCUCAGAAAUUGACGGGGUUAUUGCUAAAGCGCAAACAGUGAAGCUUGGCAAUAAGCUACACAUAUUCACCAAGGAUCGUGAAUGGCAACUGGUAGUUCCCACUCCCAAAUUUGUAUCUGCGAUUACAAGUCAGGCAGAGCAUGAUCCACACCAGGCUUUAAGCCCAAUGCCUGGAUUAGUUGACAAGAUUUUUGUCAAUAAGGGGGAUGCAGUAAAGAAGGGUGAUUCGUUGCUUGUUAUUGUCGCAAUGAAAAUGGAGCACAUUGUUAAGGCGUCUAUAGAUGGAAUUGUUGAGGACGUACUGUGUUCUACAGGUGAUAACGUUGCCAAAAAUAAGCUUCUUAUGAAAUUAACUGACUGCUAAUGUAAUAUAUGUAAAAAAUUGCAUUGAAAAAAGACUGUAGAGUUUAUCAUUUUUUAAUGAUUUUUAUUAAGUUUAAAUGUAAAAUAAAUUUUAUAUUGUUAAAUGUAUUUUUUAAAUCUAUUU